GGUAGAGGGCGUGCCCUCGGCGUGGCAGUGGGCGGGGUCUCAGGGCGGCGGAGAGGAAAAGAGAGCGAGAGAGCGAGAAAGCGGAGAGAAAACGAUGGCUGCGAUUCGUAAGAAGCUGGUGAUCGUUGGGGACGGGGCGUGUGGGAAGACGUGUCUGCUGAUCGUCUUCAGUAAAGACCAGUUUCCUGAAGUCUACGUUCCCACAGUGUUCGAGAAUUACGUAGCAGAUAUCGAGGUGGAUGGAAAACAGGUGGAACUGGCGCUGUGGGACACAGCAGGACAAGAGGAUUACGACAGGCUGAGGCCGCUCUCCUACCCGGACACUGACGUCAUCCUCAUGUGCUUCUCCAUCGACAGUCCGGACAGUCUGGAAAACAUUCCAGAGAAAUGGACGCCUGAGGUGAAGCACUUCUGCCCGAAUGUGCCCAUCAUCCUGGUGGGGAACAAAAAGGACCUUCGCAAUGAUGAGCACACGAGGAGAGAGCUGGCCAAGAUGAAGCAGGAGCCGGUUAAGGCAGAGGAAGGGAGAGACAUGGCCAACCGUAUCUACGCUGCUGGAUACCUGGAGUGCUCCGCCAAGACUAAGGACGGCGUGAGGGAAGUGUUUGAGAUGGCCACCAGGGCGGCGCUGCAGGCCAAGAAACGUAGCAAGAAGAACGCCUGCGCGCUGCUAUAGAGGACGAGGUUCUGAGGGAGCGGGGAGGGGGAGGGACACCAAACCAGGCCACAGAAAGAAAGAGCGAUAGAGAGAGAGGACGACAGAGAAAUGGGAGGGAGAAUAGGUGCGCCCCCUAGUGUUAGCUCAGCAUCCGGGGACAGAGGGAGGGUCAUUUUUACAAACGCAGGCCAAAGGACCUACAAUAGCAGGGGAAGCGUAAAAAAAGGGACCUGGAUGUUUUUCCCGUCAGUCCAUUCUGAGAUCAGGAUUAGCCGUAAGCCUUCGUAGUGUAGAGUGCGGAAACGCAAAGCUCGGCGAACUUCUUCGCGCUCAGACUGUGAUUUUAGGCUCCUCCCACAAAUGGUGUUCAUUAGUAGCUACUGAAAGAAAAUUCUACAGUAAUAAUCUCAUUCAGGAUACUUAGAAAUGCAUCAGAAUGAACAUUUUUGGCUGAAACCUAAACUAAUCAUUUAAAUAAACAUUUGCAGAUUUUUUUUCUCUUGUUUUAGAUUUUUAAAGAAAAAUUAACUUCAAAACUAUCAUAUUAAACACAACAUAAAAAAAAAACAAAUGAAGCACAAUAUUUAGCACAAUAUUUAAACUAAAAAGUAAUUAUAAAUGAUUCAUUUAUUUCACUUACUCACCAACAACAGCAAAAUGGCCAUUUUCUCCUUUUUGUUAACCUAAAAAAUGUUGUUUGCCGAAUGUUUGAUGCAUCCCUAAAUAUAAUAAAUAUGAGAAAGGGACUCUGGCUAUAUAAAACAAUACCUACAUUUAUUAAUAUUAUUUAUAAUGGGUCAAAAUAAUUUUUAAUUGAGCUUAUUUUUGCUGAAAUGUUGACUUAUAUAUGUAGAAAUUACUAUAUAAAUAAAUACAUUUCAGUCGCCAAUAUUUACCGUGAUAUUACAUAAAAACACACUCCAGGCGAACACUAACAGAUAAAUAAUAAUAUAAAGUCACAUGCUUAUAUGAAACUACUACAAUUAGAUUUGUCCAAACCUUUGGAUGGAACAUAUUGUGAUAUAUGCUGAGGAGGCGGAGCUACAGUCUCUCAUUAGGAUGAAUAUUAAUAAUGAUAACUUUUUAAAUGUAGGUAUUGUGAUAUACACUGAUUUUUAUUUAAGAGCUUGUCCAACCAUGGUAAUGUAGUUAUGAAAGAACACAUUUGUGGGCGGAGCCUGAAUGAAUCAGAUGCUGAAUUGGGGAUGACUCCUUUUCGUGCGAUGCCCACCGGCCCGGAUGAGGGUGUUGUGUACUGUAUUGGCGGAGUCGUGUCCUAUUCGGCCGCUGCCUCGUACGAGGCUUUGCUCCCAGGGACCCUGUGCGUCAUUAUUUUUGGAUUAUUUGCCGUCUGUCAGCUGACCUGCUGCUGUACUGUGUGUUAAUCUCCUCCCCCAGCAGCAGACACAAUAACCCCGUCAGUUAAAGCGAUAAUUUGGUAAAAAUGUAAAUGUAUUCGAUUAGCCGAGACGUUUGGUGCUUCUGUAGUUGUAGCUUUGAGGCUAAUGUAGCUAGCAAUGAGAGAAGCUUACACUUUGGAUCACUUUGGAUUUGAAGAGGUUGUUGUCGUGUUGCGAGUGAUGCAACAGACACUGCUUUGCUGCACACUGCUUCUCCAUCAGCAGCCAGAGUCAGAGAGAGAUCCAGUUGGACAUUCUCUCUCUGGGUGGGUAGGUGGAGCUCUCUCCCCUCAUCACUCCCACUGUGAUGAUGCCAAGCACAGGCGUCUGUUGUCUUUCUCUGCCCAGUGAUGCUACGUUAAUUGGCAUCAGUUUAAAAAAGAGGCGGAGCCUUACUUCACAUGUAUCAGAGGAGGAAUGUAGGUGAUUGGGGGAAUCUUCAUGAGUGAGUGAACUUAGGGCAAAAAUGUACUUAUUAGCAUUAAUUUCUAGCUAAUUAUUCGGGUUGAAGUUUUUUUUUUUUAAAUAUCUCUAUUACGUUAACUUUGUAGCACCAGUGCAAAAAUAAUGAAGCGCCAAACACGUCAGACACCAAGUUCAGCUCGGCUAACUGAGUACGUUAAACUGCACAAAUCUGAUUAUCAGUCAAAUUAUCACUUUAACAGAUCCAGCUAUAGCCCCGCCCCCUAAGGAGCUUAAAAGCUAAAAGUAUUUAAAUCUACAUUUUGAACAUAAUAAUGUAAUUCAUACAUUUGGUAAAAUUUUACCAAAAUUUUAUUGUUUUGAACUUUUGAGGUGGUGAAUUUUACUGUUGGAGAAAAAAAAAUUAAAUAUACAUUUCAGAUUAUAAAUCAAAUCCAUAGAUUUGAUUCCAAACUCAGAUAUAUGACUUUAGGUAAAUCAUCUGAUAGACAGAUCUGAAUUUGUGAAUCUGAAUUUUUUAUAUCUAAAAAUUGUAAGUUUUUUUUUUUUUUUUUUUUUUUUAUUUUUUCAACGGCAAAUUUUACCACGUCACAGGUCCAAAACACAAAAAAGCACUGGUAAAACCUUAAUGAAUGAAUUAUGCCAUAAUUUUAAGCUUAUAAGUCAAUUAAAUUCAAAUUCAAAUUAAAAUUUGAAUUUAAUAUAAGUACACAAAAUGCAAAUUUAAAUACUAAUGUCAGCCUUUAAGCUCUGUAACCCCUCAGUGUAACGCUGACAGUUGAGUCACUGUUUAAAAUCGUUAUCAUUUCUACGCUUCAGAGCGAUUUUGUUAUAUGUAAAUGUAUCUCAUACACUUUUGCCUUUGCCUAUAAAACUCAGCGUGCGACGCAGUCAGCCGUAACGAUACUAGCGCUUUAUCUCCGUGGCUGUUUUAUACGCUCGUUUAUCGUAUUGUAAUUUUAUACUUAAGAUUUCAGGUCGAUCAGAUCCAUCGAUUGAGGCUCUCUAAACUGCAGUGAGCGGAUGGUCCGUUCUGUUUGGUUACGUUAAGUUUUCGGUUAGGUUUUUCUCUUUUCGGUUCCUCUGGAUGAGUGCCAGUUUUUUUAUUGGUGUGAUAAACAAAUUUCUUAAUUUCUCCAAAAAGAAAGAAGAGAAAAAGUCUCACCUCCAUCUGUUGGGUUUUCUUUACUGUACUCUGUGCUUCAGCAGUACUCAGCAUGCUGUAUGCUUUACCGGUUUUGUGGCAUCCUACUGGCUUAUUCUGUUUCGUUUUUCACUUAUUUUAAAUAUACAAAGUUAUCUUAGAUUUUACGUUUUAAAGGAAUGAGGACAAAAUGUAGAGCAGAGGAUUUUAAAACAGCUUUUUUAAUGCCAUAUUAUACAAAUGCGAGCAAUUUCUGAUGAGAUUCUGCAUUACACUGUCAGAAAAACCCUCUGAUGCAUCAAUAAUCUUUUGUACUCAAGUGCAUCACUGGAUUUCGACAAAGUUGUUUUAAAAUACCGAAAAAAAUAAAAGUUCUUAUAGGGAAAA